AUGCCUCGACGAUCGUCUCGGGCCGUUCCCGCGUCAGCGGCAGCUCCAGCGCCGGCACCAAAAAGGCGCGCGCCUGACACAUUCUCCGCCGAAAAGACGGAGUCCAAAAGGCCAAAAUGCAUUUCCAAUUCGACUACCGCCGACACAAAGUCGGUCAAAACCACCGCCAAAAAGAGCAAAUACUUCAAACAAGAGACUUGCGAAAUCGAGGCUUCCGAAUCUAAAGACGGUUCUGAGCGGGAGGGCUCUGUGUAUGAAUCCGCCCACGAAGACAGUCAGGACGCCUCGGAGACGCCGGAGUUGAAAUCUCCCGGUGCUGCUUCCACGGACCAUGGAGCGGAGAAGGGCCAGUCAAGCAAGCAAGGUAAACGAGGCCAGCAAAAGGCCCAAGGCCGCGACUCGAGCACCAAGAACGACGAGGAUGAGCGCAGCGAUGUCGAGGAUGAUGCGGUCACAUCAUUGAUUAACAAGGAGCUGUGGAGGGAAGGCGUCAAGACGGGGCUGGGUCCUGGCAAAGAGGUUUUCAUCAAGAAGCCCAAGGCCAGAGAUGCCGGUGACGUACCGUAUCAGGAUCACACCAUGCAUCCUAAUACGAUGCUCUUCUUGAAAGACCUUGCAAAGAACAACGAAAGAGAGUGGCUCAAAGCACACGAUCCCGACUUCCGGGCUGCAAAGAAGGAUUGGGAAUCCUUUGUUGAGAGUCUCACUGAGAACAUAAUUGAGCAGGAUAGCACAAUUCCUGAACUACCUGCUAAGGACUUGAUCUUCCGCAUACACAGGGAUGUCCGGUUCAGCAAGAAUCCUACUCCGUAUAAGACGCAUUUCUCAGCUGCCUGGUCCCGUACGGGUAAGAAAGGCCCUUACGCUGCUUACUAUGUUCAUAUGCAGCCCGGCUCCUGCUUUGUCGGUUCUGGGCUUUGGAAUCCCGAAGCGAAUGCGCUCGCAGCUCUUCGUGAGGAUAUCGACCAAAACUCAUCUCGUCUGAUGGCUGUGCUGAAAGAGCCUGAGAUGCGGCGUGAAAUUCUCAACGGCAUACCCGACGACGAAAAGGAAGCUGUGAAAGUAUUUGUUGAUCACAACAAGGAAAGCGCCCUGAAGGUCAAGCCCAAGGGCUAUGAUGUUGAUAAUGAGAAUAUUCAGCUGCUCCGUUUGCGCAGCUUCACUAUCGGAAGGCCUCUUUCCGACUCAGAAUUCAUGAAUGCCAAUGUGCAGGAGAGAAUAGCAGGUCUCAUUGGCAUCAUGGAACCCUUUGUGACGUAUCUCAAUAGCGUCGUCAUGCCCGAUCCGGUGGGCGAAGAGCCCAGCUCUGGGUCGGAAGAAGGAGAAGAGUCCUUGAACGAAAACCAAAGCAGUUGA